AUUAUAAGGAAAGAAUUUUUUUUUAGAUUUUGAGCUCUGCAAUGGAGAAAAGUGUCAAUGGAUCAUGCAGACUCAUCAAGAGACUUGUGAUUAUACUUUCUUGUCUUUCAUAUUCCUUUGUUCGAUCAGACUUUACAGAGACAACAAAUAUCAAUUAUGUAUCAGCUUUGGGAGAUCCCGGGAUGAGAAACGAUAACUUAAGGGUGGCUAUAGAAGCUUGGAACCAAUGCAACGAGGUCGGUGAAGAAGCUACAAACAUGGGAAGCCCUCGAAUGGCAGAUUGCUUCGAUAUCGAUAACUCUAGCUUGCCCGUGAAGAUAAUCCACAAGGUCGACGAAAGAGACAACAGGCUUGGGGUAGGAAACGGAACAUACGGAGGAAUAAGCGCUGGAGACAACGUAGAUAUCUACGCUGCACAAAAGGAGAUAUACUUAGGAAACAAAUGUCAAGUUAUGGACAAGCCAAAUCCAUGGCAGUUUUGGAUGAUAAUGCUAAAGAACGGUAAUACGGACACUUUAGCCGCGAUUUGUCCCGAAAACGGAAAAAAGGCGAAACCAUUUCCUCAGACCGGGAGGUUUCCAUGUUUUGGGAAAGGAUGUAUGAACAUGCCAUCGAUGCAUCAUGAGUACACAAGCUUUGCUGAUAAAGAAGGACAUAUGAGUGGGAGUUUCUAUGGGACUUGGGACUUGGAUAAUGACCAAAAAGAUCCGGUUGGUAAUAAUUCGUAUUAUAAAGUGAAAUGGGAGAAGAAGAUUGGGGGAAAUGAGAGUUGGGUUUUUCAUCAUUUGUUGAAGACUUCUUCUAAGUAUCCAUGGUUGAUGCUUUAUCUACGAGCUGAUGCUUCUCGAGGUUUCUCUGGUGGUUAUCAUUACGACACUAGAGGGAUGAUGAAGAUGACGCUGGAAUCGCCUAAUUUCAAAGUUAGAUUCAAGCUAGAGAUUCUAAAAGGAGGCGGUUCAGGGAGCCAAUUUUACCUAAUGGACAUGGGAAGUUGCUGGAAGAACGACGGAAGAGACUGCGACGGCGACGUCACAACCGACGUUACAAGGUACAGCGAAAUGAUAAUCAACCCGGGGUCAACCGCCGUUUGCAACCGCAACCGCCUAGGCGCUUGUCCGCCGCAACACACGUUUCCAAACGGGACUAAAGUUCACAGGACGGACAAGGAGAAGUUCCCUUACGAAGCGUAUCACUAUUACUGCGUUCCGGGAAACGCGCGUUUUGCGGAAUCUCCGUACGAGGUUUGUGAUCCGUACAGUAAUCCACAGCCGCAGGAGAUUCUGCAGAUCUUGCCUCAUCCAGUGUGGGAACAGUUUGGGUAUCCGACAAAGAAAGGACAAGGUUGGAUUGGAGAUCCAAGAACUUGGGAACUUGAUGUCGGAAAACUCUCUCAAUCACUCUACUUUUACCAGGUAACGAGAAAAAGGGGAGAGAAAGAUAAAGAUUCCACCACAUACCCUUCUACAAUUAUCAGACAGGUUCACUCUGACAUGAGUGUUAGUGCACCUUUCCUUGUUCUAGAUGAAAACAAGAAGAUGAUGCUUUUGCCAUUGACUCUCCUUCACAAGGAAGCUCCUGAUCCUGUUAACAUAUCUUCUUGGACUGAAGUUCCUAAUGUUUCUACAACUGCUGAGUUUCCUCUUCAAAAAUGGGUUCAUGUGGGUUGUGAGGUUUCUAGAAACUACAUGCGCCUUUAUAUUUGUGGAGAGAUUGUAGGAGAGCAAGUCUUAACUUCCUUGAUGACCAAUGGUACAAAUUCAGAUUGCGCACGAAAGAUAUCGUUAUUCAGUGUUGGUGGAGAUGGUUAUAGUGUUCAGGGUUUCAUCCACUGUGCAGAAGUUUUGCCUUCUAAUGUCCCGGCAAAUUAUCACUACACAAAGGACCCACCUUUAUGGUUAUCUGUUAAUAAGCCAUCUACAUCUGGAAUUGGAUUAGAUAAAGAUGGUGUUUGGAUUAUCGUUAGCGGAACAUUUUGUUCCUUGGAUGUUGUUUUAACCAAUGCUAUUGGACAGCCUGUGCACAAGGAUGUGAAGGUUGUGGCUUCUCUAUUGUAUGCUGAUAGUGGGACGCCUGUUGAGAAGAUGAGUGACUCGGAGGCUCCCCUUUUGGUAAGCUAUGAAGGAGUUGAAUUCUCUGCUGAAGAUAAGCCAUGCAACUUAUUGAACGGAUGUGCUUCUUUCAAGCUCAAAUUAUCUCAGCUUUCUUCCAAGAGUGAUAAGAGGUUGUUCUGCGUCAAAUUCGAAAUAGCAGAAGUGAAGGCCUAUUAUCCUUUCCUCGAAACUGUUACCAACCAAAUCCGUUGCAUUUCGAGGAACCAUGAUUCUCUUACCCCUAAAAGGUCGAAUCGCAUAGAUUAUCCAUUAGAUGGAGGAGAACCAGAACUUGCAUCAAGAAGUAAUGGAACAUCCGACAUUCUACAUAGCUCUUCCUCUAUGAAACGGAUCAGAUUAGGGGAAGAAAAGGUUUCUGAGAGUGAGAUUGAGAAUGGAAAUGGUACGAGUAUGGAAUGGAGACCUCAGAACCAUGAAGAAGACGAAGAAGAAGAUAACUCUUCAACUGAUUCCGAAAACACUGAAAUUAGAGAUUCGACUGCUUUCAGGAGAUAUACAAUCCCAGACUCGAUUAUUUUCAAAUACUGCCUUGGGAACUUAACAGAGAGAGCUCUUCUUCUGAAGGAAAUCACAAAUAAUUCAUCAGAUGAAGAAGUCUCGGAAUUUGCAGAUCAAGUUUCUCUCUAUUCUGGGUGCUCCCACCACAGCUAUCAAAUCAAAAUGGCAAGACAACUGAUAGCAGAAGGAACAAAUGCGUGGAAUCUGAUCUCUCGGAACUAUCAACAUGUUCAUUGGGACAAUGUGGUAAUUGAGAUUGAAGAACAUUUCAUGAGAAUAGCUAAAUGCAGCAGUAGAUCUCUCACUCACCAGGAUUUUGACCUUCUAAGAAGAAUAUGUGGAUGCUAUGAAUACAUAACGCAAGAGAAUUUUGAGAAAAUGUGGUGUUGGUUGUUCCCUGUUGGUUCGGCUAUAUCCAGGGGAUUGAUUAAUGGAAUGUGGCGCUCUGCUUCGCCUAAAUGGAUAGAAGGGUUUGUGACUAAAGAAGAGGCAGAACGUUCGCUUCAGAAUCAAGUACCGGGAACUUUCAUUCUCAGGUUCCCUACUUCAAGAAGCUGGCCACAUCCUGAUGCUGGUUCCUUGGUUGUGACUUAUGUCGGUCAUGAUUUAGUUAUUCAUCAUAGAUUACUCACAAUCGAUCACAUCUGCGAUUCUAGUGAAAGGUAUACAGAUGCAAAACCGUUGCAAGAUAUGCUUUUGGCGGAACCUGAGCUAUCCAGGCUUGGAAGGAUCAUAAGAGGCAUUUGAAUAUCAACACACUCAACAAGAUAGACAAGCAUCGACUAUUAUUGAGGUUUAUACUUUGGCUAGUAAUAUAUACACAGGUAGAUUUGCUAAGUCUCUCUAAUUACUGAUGAUACUAACUUGUGUAAAGAAAGCUCAGUGAUUUAU